AUGAACACCAAGGAGGCUCCUGAGGGUCGAGAGGCGAUGACUGCGGCGGCACACCCGCAUUCGGAGGUCACCGGCUUUUCAUCUUUUCACUCCUGUUUCACCGAUUUGCCACUCUCUUUGACUCACUGCUGCAUCGUUCGAAGCCUUCUGGACUCGAAUACGAUGUCUUCGAAGUCUAACGAGACAGGAGGUCGCAAGCGUGUUACACAUGCACGCAAGUCAUCACCGCACACGGGGUUGUUGGAGGCAUCCAAAGCGGAGGGCACCGUUGCCAUUGAUAUGUCCGCGAUCGAAGACCCCGCACCAUCCGAGCCGGUUCAGGCCCAAACAGGCGUUCCCGACAUGCCCCCUGCAGUGCCGGCAGGAGCGUCAUCUGCGUCGGCUCAGGGCGAAGUCAACUUGUCGGUCCACACCUUGAAGCUCUUGCCAAUGACCGGUGAUGAGACCCCGUCCAUCGACACACAAGCAAUGAACAGCCCUCGCACAUUGAGGGCAACAAUGUCUGCUCAAGCGGAGGGCACCGUUGCCGUCGAUGUAUCUGCGAUCGAAGACCCGGCACUAUACGAGCAGCCCUAG